AUUACCUCUUACCAAUUGCAAUUAGGAUUUUUUAUUUUACGUAUUCUAUUUCUUAGUUCAAUUGUCUUUAAUAAUUGUUAUUCUUGGACAUAUAUUCCAAUUGAAGCUUUUUGUUUGGAAAGUAUAUUCAUCAUCAUUCGGACGAAAGGUUUAAUAUGCCGGCCUUCUUUAGGGGACAGGACAAUGAAGGACCGGACGAAGAGGAAAGUCUAGAAAUGGACUAUCCCGACUUCCUCGGUGCAGAUGAAUUGGACAACCACAUCGUUGAUGGUGACGCAUUCUCGCCGAGAGACGACAUAGAUGGUGCGUAUUUUAAUUACGAAAACAUGGAUUUAAAUGGGGGUAAUCAGCUUGGAGUGGACUACGCAGACGCCGUUCCUGUUGGAUACACCGGUGAGUCGUCUGUGGCACAGUCAGUCGAUGACUAUUAUACGGAUUACACUCAACAGAGCAUCUCGGAAGGAAUUGGUAGGAAACAAAUCCCACAUGACUAUGCGAACUACGAGUCGGGCUCGGGAAUGAAUGCUGACGGGUCCGCCAUUCCUCAAGCAUGGAACGAAGAUCAGACCAACUACUCGGAAUACUCGAAUCAAGACGACGGAAGAGCUUACGAGUCUGAGUAUGAUCAACCUGCUGGUCUAAUAGAAAGAGAGCCAUAUCCGGCCUGGACUGAGGAAAACGAAGUCCCUAUCACAAAAGAGGAGAUUAAGUUAAUCUUCGAAGAGUUUGAAAAAAAAUUCGGGUUUCAGCAUGAUUCAGUUUCAAACAUCUAUGAUUUUUUAAUGGUUCUUUUGGAUUCACGGGCUUCAAGAAUGUCGCCCUCUAUGGCGCUUACGCGCUUGCAUGCCGAUUACAUUAGCGGUCCAUGUGCAAACUACAGAAAAUGGUACUUCGCUGCGCAUAUGGACGUGGAGGACAGCGUCGGCCUGAAGAAUUGUAAGAUUUCCAAAAAGAAGGUACGUGAAAAAAAAGAUAAAACGAAGAAAAAGAAAAUGCAGGAGGAAAGUAUACUGGAUGAAGGGAUUCACAGCUUUCCUUUGGAUGACGCCGAAGCUAAUUGGAACGCGCGCAUGCUUCAAAUGCGACCAGAAACACAAGUCCGGCAACUUGCGCUGUAUCUUUUAUGCUGGGGUGAAGCGAAUAAUGUGCGCUUUGUCCCCGAAUGUCUUUGUUUUAUCUUCAAACUGGCAAAUGACUACAUGGAAUCAGAGGAAUACAAAACUCCUGGAAAUGAGCGCAAAGAAGGUGAUUAUCUUGAUAAUGCAAUUACUCCACUGUAUUUGUUUAUGCACGACCAACAAUUUGAAAUUAUUGGCGGUAAAUACGUGCGACGCGAAAGGGACCAUGCGCAACUUAUCGGCUAUGACGACAUUAAUCACUUCUUUUGGUAUGCUCAAGGUAUCGCCCGAAUAACCUUAAGUGAUGGUACUCGCUUAAUUGACCUUCCACGAGAGCAACGUUUCCACCGCCUGCACGAGGUUGUUUGGAAAGAUGUUUUCUGUAAGAGCUUUUACGAGAGCCGUUCCUGGUUCCACCUAAUCACUGAUUUCAACAGAAUAUGGGUCAUUCAUUUUACAACAUACUGGUACUACACCGUAUUCAAUUCCCCCACAUUUGUUGAGGCCGAGCAUCAUCAAGCUCUUGGGCCUCGUCCUGCUCCUGCAGCACAAUGGUCCUCAGUGGCAUUAGGAGGUGUUGUUGCUACAAUUCUUAUGCUUUUAGCAACACUUUUUGAAUGGCUUCAUGUACCGAGAAGCUUUCCCGGCGCAAAACCACUCACAAAACGAUUCAUCUGCCUUACUAUAAUUCUUUUAUUGAACCUAGCUCCGGCAGUCUUCAUCUUUGGGUUUUCAACAGAAGAGCAAAAAAGGACUCCCUUAAGAUUGACUAUCUCAAUUCUUCAUUUCUUAUUUUCCCUUUUUAUCUUCGUAUGGUUUUCUACCGUGCCUCUUGGCUCCUUGUUUACGCCUAAAGUGAAGAAAAACUCUCGACGCUUUUUAGCAAAUCGGUACUUUACUGCUAACUAUGCGCCAUUGCAAACGAAUGACAUGUUUGUCUCAUGGGGACUUUGGCUACUCGUCUUUGGUGCUAAAUUCGCUGAAUCUUACUUCUUUCUGUCUCUGUCUUUUCGAGACCCAAUUCUCGUUUUGAGUACGAUGAAACCCUAUUACUGUAAUGACUAUAUCACUGGUUCUUCAUUAUGUAUGUAUCAACCUAAAUUCAUUUUGGCCAUCAUGUACGUCACAGACUUGGUCUUGUUCUUCCUAGACACAUACCUUUGGUACAUUUUGGUUAACACCAUCUUUUCCGUUUCUCGUUCUUUCUUUCUCGGAAUCUCCAUCUGGACUCCAUGGCGAAAUAUCUUUGCGCGGAUGCCAAAGCGUAUCUAUAGCAAAAUUCUAGCAACCUCGGAAAUGGAGGUGAAAUAUAAACCAAAAAUGCUUGUUUCCCAAGUUUGGAAUGCGAUCGUGAUUUCCUUAUACCGCGAACAUCUUCUCUCAAUUGAGCACGUUCAGCGCCUUUUGUACCAUCAAGUUGCAUCUGAAGUCGGUGACGGAACCAGAUCAUUGAAAGCGCCGACCUUUUUUGUCUCUCAGGAGGACCAGUCUUUCAAGACGGAGUAUUUCCCAGUUCACUCAGAAGCAGAAAGGCGUCUAUCCUUUUUUGCUCAAUCAUUGGCAACCCCUAUACCAGAGCCCGUACCCGUGGACGAAAUGCCAACGUUUACAGUAUUGGUGCCCCAUUACGGUGAAAAGAUAUUGUUAUCUUUGAAGGAGAUCAUCCGCGAGCAAGACAAAUUAUCCAGAGUUACCUUGUUAGAAUACUUGAAGCAACUUCAUGCUAACGAAUGGGAUAACUUUGUUAAGGAUACAAAAAUUCUCGCUGAGGAGAACGCUGCUUAUGAAGACGGCCCAUUGAAUGCCACAAGCGACCCGCUGAAAGACAAAAUUGAUGAUUUACCAUAUUACUGUAUUGGUUUCAAGAAUGCUACUCCUGAAUACACUUUGCGAACAAGAAUUUGGGCUUCGUUGCGCAGUCAAACUUUGUAUCGUACAAUUAGCGGAUUUAUGAAUUAUUCCAGGGCGAUUAAAUUACUUUAUCGUGUUGAGAAUCCCGAAGUCGUUCAAAUGUUUCAGGGUGAUAUGGAACAUUUGGACGCGGAACUUCAAAGAAUGUCACGAAGAAAGUUUAAGAUGUGCGUUUCGAUGCAAAGAUAUGCUAAGUUCAACAAAGAAGAGUAUGAAAACACCGAGUUUAUUCUUCGCGCUUAUCCCGAUUUACUUAUUGCUUAUCUGGACGAAGAUCCACCUUUGGAAGAAGGAGGUGAGCCAAGACUUUAUGCCGCCCUCAUUGAUGGUUAUUCCGAAAUUAUGGAAAAUGGAAGACGGAAACCAAAAUACAGAAUUCGACUUUCGGGAAAUCCCAUCCUUGGUGAUGGAAAGUCUGACAACCAAAAUAUGGCGCUUCCAUUUUUUCGCGGAGAGUACAUUCAACUGGUUGACGCAAACCAGGAUAAUUAUCUUGAAGAAUGCUUGAAGAUCAGAAGUAUCCUUGCCGAGUUCGAGGAAAUGGAAACUGACGAGAUUAGUCCUUUUCUGGCUUUACCUUCGAAAUCCGACUACAAUCCUGUUGCAAUUCUUGGUGCCAGAGAGUACAUCUUUUCUGAGAACAUCGGCAUUCUUGGUGAUGUGGCUGCUGGAAAAGAACAGACAUUUGGAACUUUGUUCGCCCGUACUCUUGCCCAAAUCGGUGGAAAGCUUCAUUAUGGACAUCCUGAUUUUCUUAAUGCCGUUUUUAUGACUACCAGAGGUGGUGUUUCAAAAGCACAAAAAGGUCUUCAUGUUAAUGAAGAUAUUUAUGCCGGUAUGACCGCUUUGCAGAGGGGCGGUCGGAUUAAACAUUGUGAAUACUAUCAAUGUGGAAAGGGAAGAGAUUUGGGUUUUGGAUCGAUUCUAAACUUUACAACUAAAAUUGGUACUGGAAUGGGUGAGCAAAUGCUGUCCCGAGAAUACUAUUAUCUUGGAACUCAACUUCCCGUGGAUAGAUUUCUCUCAUUUUACUACGCACAUCCUGGCUUUCAUAUCAACAACAUGUUCAUUAUGUUCUCUGUACAAUUGUUCAUGCUUGUUAUUAUAAAUCUUGGAGCAAUGUACCAUGUUGUUACUGUUUGCGACUAUGACCAUAACCAAAAACUUACCGUUCCGUUAAUGCCUCCCGGUUGUUACAACCUGAAGCCAGUUCUUGACUGGGUAAAGCGUUGCAUCCUUUCUAUUUUUAUCGUUUUUUUCAUUUCAUUCGUUCCUUUGACCGUUCAAGAGUUAACCGAGCGUGGUGCAUGGCGAGCAGUUAGCAGACUUGCCAAGCAUUUUGCUUCGUUUUCACCCAUUUUCGAAGUCUUCACCUGCCAAAUUUAUGGACAAUCCGUCAUUGCCAAUUUAUCCUUCGGCGGUGCCAGAUACAUUGGCACAGGUAGAGGAUUCGCUACUGCAAGACUACCCUUCUACUUGCUUUUCUCGCGUUUCGCUGGCCCGUCUAUUUAUCUGGGAUUUCGGACAUUGACAAUGCUCCUGUUUGGAAGUAUGACAAUGUGGGUACCUCAUUUGGUUUACUUUUGGAUCUCAACUAUUGCAAUGUGUGUGAGCCCGUUUGUAUUUAAUCCACAUCAAUUUUCUUGGACGGACUUUUUUGUUGAUUACCGUGAGUUUAUCCGCUGGCUGUCUAGAGGUAAUUCCAAAUCUCAUGCUAAUUCAUGGAUUGGCUACUGUAGACUCUCGAGAACUCGAAUUACAGGAUACAAACGAAAACUUAUUGGUCAGCCAUCAGACAAAAUAUCCAUGGAUACCCCAAAGGCCCAUUUCACAAACAUGUUCUUGUUUGAGAUAUUCAUUCCAUUUCUCCUAAUUAUUAUAACCGUGAUGCCGUAUAUAUUUAUCAAUUCGCAGCCAGGCAACCCAAAUGCAGAUGAAGCCACAAACUCUUUGGCACGCAUUCUUAUUCUUGCUUUUGCCCCUAUUGUAAUUGGGGGUGCUGUCUCCGCCGGAUUUGCUGCGACGGCUUGCUGUUUGGGACCAGUGCUGGGAAUCUGUUGCAAAAAGUUUGGAUCCGUUCUUGCAGCAAUUGCUCACGCUAUUUCCAUUAUGAUUUUUAUUGUCACAUUUGAAGUCUUGUGGUUUAUGGAAUCAUGGUGCUUGGCAAAAACUACCCUAGGUAUCAUUGCCAUUACAGCUAUUCAGCGGUUCUUCUUUAAAAUUCUUCAAAGCGUUUUUCUUACAAGAGAGCUCAAGCACGAUGGAGCCAAUUUAGGUUGGUGGACUGGAAAAUGGUACUCUCAAGGUCUCGGCUUUCACGCUCUUUCUCAACCGCUACGUGAGUUUGUCUGCAAAAUUGUGGAGCUCAACAUGUUUGCGUCAGAUUUCUUUCUAGGCCAUGUGUUGAUGUUUAUGAUGUUCCCAAUUCUGUGCAUUCCAUUCAUCGAUCGGUGGCACUCUAUGAUGCUAUUUUGGCUCCGUCCGAGUCGACAAAUUCGCCCUCCCAUUUAUUCAUUAAGACAAAGCAGACUUCGGAAACGCAUAGUGCAGCGCUAUUUUGUUUUGUUUAUGAUUAUCCUCUUCGUUUUCUUGUCACUACUUAUUGUCCCUGCAGUAAUGGCCAAACGACUUACAGAAAACCUUGACCUUGACUUCCUCAGUGGGUUCCGUCUAUUCCAACCACCUGAUGUGAAUUGGACUAUUAAUGGUUCUCAAAUGUCUACUGUUGACAGAUAGGCACACUUAUUUUGUUUUAUUACUACUAGGACACACAUAUACGCACAUCGUGUUAAAAAAAGCUACUUUUAAAAGCUCUCUCAAGACAACAUUGUAUAUUAUUAUACCAUUAGACGGAACGCAAGCGAAAGACUGUCUAGUAAACGUGACCGCAAAAUAAAUAAUUCUAAAUGGAGUUGUGUUUACACGACAACGUGAGAGCUGACCACUGAGCCGUUGCGGAAAACAAGAAUUGCGACUGAGUGAAGCACCCCCUGCAAAACCAAGCGAAGCUCGCGGCUCUUGCAAUGAGUGAAAAUGCAUUGGCUAUUAUUCCCUUGAAAUUGCGACAACUACCUUUAAUCACGAAUUGAUGAAGUGCCGAUCAACCAGUGUUACAGAUCAUCUGAGCACAAGGUCGAUCUCCUGGCGCUGCUGCGGUAUGUUAGGGAGGUGCUGAACUAACCCGUAACUUCGCGCUAGGGAUAAUUCGUUUAUCGCACAUGCGAUUGUGUUAGAUAUCGACCAGCGAUUAAGCAACACGUUUACCGAGGAGCCGUCUCCCUCUAAUGUCGCACUUGGUGAUUUGUGCAGCCACUCAGGACCAAUGCACCAGUGUGUAUUAACGAAAGCUGCGAACAUGUUUAGCAGUGUUGUGCGUCAGAGUACGACAAAAGGUUAUUCACUCUCAUCUUCAUUUCUGCAUGUGCGUUCGUUACAUCUGAUCAGUGCUUCCCAAUAAGCGACAAUAGCGACAGUAAUCGCAAUAUCUUGCAGCAGCGACGAGGAUGUUGAAAAAGCGGCUUUUAUCUACACGCGUUCUGUUAUCUAAAACUGUAACAAACAUUUUGCAAGCUGCGUCGCCGUCCAACCCGUGUUCAGGAUAACCUCAGACUACAUCUCGGUUUUGCGAACGCAACAUCUCUGUCAUACGUUCCGGUGCUUGAAACCUCCUGUAUUAUUGCCUUUCUCAAUAAUGACCAAUUCGGCAGCAAGAACAUUCUGCAACUGCUAGUAACUGCCUGGUAACGGAAUUCAGCCCCAAAGCCUCUUGUAGUAUUAGUCUAACGGAAUAUACACGCAGUCAGGCCCGCUGCAGGCCUGCUCCUUGCUAGUCCAUCUCUUGUCGCCUAGUGUUCCUGGGCGAUUACUCACCGUCGGCAUGCCGUAGAUUGCGAUACGUCAUAAAUUUGAGCGCACCCCUUCAACCAAUCGGGUUUGUCCGAAUUUACCGU